AUGCAACUUCUGGCACAAGGGCUGUGCCCAGUGAGUCAGAGUGAUCCCCUGGACGAUCUGAAGAUCCCGAUCAGGUCGAGAAAGAUGCUGGUGCUCCCAGACGUGUGGGGUUCCGGACACGUGCUUUCUAAGUUUGGUUAUCGCAUCCAUAACAUACACGAGAGCUCGUGCGCCUCAUUCUUUCCCCGACUUUCUCCGGAAAGGAUAAACCUGCACUCCCAUGGGGUGCCAGUGGAAAUUGCCCCGCACCUCUUUUUCCCCCCUCACGGGCAGUGCUGGCGACCUCUCCCUGCCAUCGACUGGGACAGGUUUUUGUACAGCCGUGUGUCACUGUGGUGGAUCUUCGGUGGAGGAACCCAGCUGACCGUCCUUGGUCAGCCAAAGGCGUCUCCUACCGUGCACCUCUUCCCUCCAUCUUCGGAAGAGAUCAAAACAAAAAGCAAAGCCACACUGGUGUGUCUGCUGGGCAGCUUUUACCCAGGCUUAGUCCAAGUCACCUGGAAAGCUGAUGGCCAGCAGAUCUCCACUGGAGUGGAGACGACCAAGCCAUCCAAACAGAGUGACAACAAGUUCAUGGCCAGCAGUUACCUGUCUCUGGAUGCAUCAAAGUGGAAGACCCAUGAGACCUACACCUGCCAGGUGACACACGAUGGGAAGAACUUCGAGAAGUCCCUGAAGAGCUCAGAGUGUUCUUAACCCUCUGACUCACAGAGGGCUCGGCCGGUUCCCGUGUCAGUCUGUAAGGGGUUCCCCAAGGGAGCCAGGAUCUCUCUGUAGCAUUCCCAUAAUGCCGAUUUCCAGAAAAUCUGCUUCCUCUUUUAGGUGGGGGAUUUUACCAAUCCAUAUGACACCUGUCUUUAUUCCCAUGUCCCCACCGCUCUCACCCCCUGCAUUCCCUCGAAUUGUCCUUCCUGCUUUAGUCUCUGAUGCAGCCUUGUUAGGAUAUUAAUAAAAUCAGAAAAAUUUGACUAUUGCUGUAUCUGUGAAGAGUUUAACUUCUUCUGUCCCUUUUACAUCUUGUGUAUUAAUUGCAAUAUUCACCUUCUCUUCCAAUAAAAUAAAUUUACCUUUUAUCAGCUAA